UACGAUAUGUGUUGCAAGAUUGGACAAACUUAACUAUCACACGAUAGAGUUAACUUUAUCAUUUUUGUAAAGUGUUCCAGGAAUACAACAUGUCUGUAAACUUUUUCCUGUUCUUGUGUUUUUUCUAUGGAUACGAUAGAUCAUACGGGGAGGUACUAGAUCCAGACAAUCAACCCCGACAAUGGCAAGAUCUAGUUACAUUCGUUAACCAGAAAAUCGGUAGCAUGGAACAUCUGAUGAACAUUAAAAAUGAACGCCUCGACCAAUUGGAAAGUAAAUUACGUGCACAGGAAACAGAAAUAUCAUCACUGAAAGAGUUAAUGCUUCAGAAGGAUACAAUUCUGAGCAAUCUGGUAAAGCAAGUUACGGAUUUAAAGAAGGGUGAAAUUAUGAACACGAUUUCCGAUACAAGUAUUGAACAUCUGGCCCGCGCGUCAUCAUCCACCUCUGUCAACAGUACGUCAGACGUCACAGACACCCCUGAUGGUGCCCGAGUAGACACUGAUACACAUACAGCCGGUGAUAGAAUGGGAGAAUACAACACCAGACGCCAACAAGAUGCUCUAAGCGAUGUAACUAUACCAAAACAGUAUAACCGUGUAGCCCCACCUACACCAAAACAAACCGUUGCUUUCCACGCCUACCGCACCUCAUCUAUAACCCUAGGGACACAAGGAGGAUCUGGACCAUGGAGACGGAUAUAG